GAACCGCUCACUUGCCAGCCCUUGGCCCCGGGAAGAAGAAACAUUUCCCGAAGCGAUCUCCUCAACCCUCCCUUCCCCACCGCGGUCGCCCUCCCCUCCCCCUGCUCUUUCUUGGGGGGAGGGGGGCUGUCGCCUCAGAUUGAAGGCCAUUGAUUUGUAUGUAUUUGUCCCAGUGCCGGAGGCUGCCCCAGCCGCUGGCGUCCGUGCCGCCGCUGCCAGUGGAGUUGGCUCCCUGCUUCCCUAGGGUGGUUCAGGUCCACCAAACAUGUCGGCUCCAGUCGGGCCCCGGGGCCGCCCGGCUCCCACCCCGGCGGCCUCUCAGCCGCUUCCGCAGCCCGAGAUGCCCGACCUCAGUCACCUCACCGAGGAGGAGAGGAAAAUCAUCCUGGCUGUUAUGGAUCGGCAGAAGAAGGAAGAGGAGAAGGAGCAGUCAGUGCUCAAGGUCAAAGAAGAAUACAAACCACAACCGACACAGUGGUUUCCCUUUAGUGGGAUCACUGAACUGGUAAAUAACGUUCUUCAGCCCCAGCAAAAACAACAAAAUGAAAAGGAACCCCAGACAAAACUUCAUCAGCAGUUUGAAAUGUAUAAGGAGCAGGUUAAGAAGAUGGGAGAAGAAUCACAGCAACAGCAAGAACAGAAGGGUGAUGCCCCAACUUGUGGUAUCUGCCACAAAACGAAAUUUGCUGAUGGAUGUGGCCAUAACUGUUCAUAUUGCCAAACAAAAUUCUGUGCUCGUUGUGGAGGUCGAGUGUCAUUACGCUCAAACAAGGAGGACAAAGUGGUUAUGUGGGUAUGUAAUUUGUGCCGAAAACAACAGGAAAUCCUCACUAAAUCAGGAGCAUGGUUUUAUAACAGUGGAUCUAAUAUACCACAGCAAUCUGAUCAAAAAGUUCUUCGAGGACUGAGAAAUGAGGAGGCGCCUCAGGAGAAGAAAGCAAAACUGCGUGAGCAGGCCCAAUUCCAAGGACCCCCAGGUGACUUAUCUGUACCUGCAGUGGAGAAAAGUCGAUCUCAUGGGCUCACAAGACAGGAUUCUAUUAAAAAUGGGUCAGGAAUGAAGCACCAAAUUGCCAGUGACAUAGCUUCAGACAGGAAAAGAAGUCCAUCGGUGUCCAGAGAUCAGAAUAGAAGAUACGACCAAAGGGAAGAAAGAGAAGAAUAUUCGCAGUAUGCUCCUUCAGACAGCGCAAUGCCCAGAUCUCCAUCAGACUAUUCUGAUAGACGAUCUCAACUUGAACCUCAGUUUUAUGAAGAAUCUGAUCAUUUAAAUUAUAGGGACUCCAACAGGAGAAGUCAUAGGCAUUCCAAAGAAUAUAUUGUAGAUGAUGAGGAUGUGGACAGCAGAGAUGAAUAUGAAAGACAAAGGAGAGAGGAGGAGUACCAGGCCCGCUACAGAAGCGAUCCAAAUUUGGCCCGUUAUCCAGUAAAGCCACAGCCCUAUGAAGAACAAAUGCGUAUCCAUGCUGAAGUGUCCCGAGCACGGCAUGAGAGAAGGCAUAGUGAUGUUUCUUUGGCAAAUGCUGAACUAGAAGAUUCCAGGAUUUCUUUACUAAGGAUGGAUCGACCAUCAAGGCAAAGAUCCGUAUCUGAACGUAGAGCUGCGAUGGAAAAUCAGCGAUCUUAUUCAAUGGAAAGAACUCGAGAAGCUCAGGGACAAAGUUCUUACCCACAAAGGACCACAAACCAUAGUCCUCCUACCCCUCGGAGGAGUCCAAUACCCAUUGAUAGACCAGACAUGAGGCGUACUGACUCACUAAAGAAACAACACCUAGAUCCCAGCUCUGCUGUGAGGAAAACAAAACGGGAAAAAAUGGAAACUAUGUUGAGGAAUGAUUCUCUCAGUUCAGACCAGUCAGAGUCAGUGAGACCACCACCACCAAAGCCUCAUAAAUCAAAGAAGGGUGGGAAAAUGCGCCAGAUUUCAUUGAGCAGUUCUGAGGAGGAGUUGGCUUCCACGCCUGAAUAUACAAGUUGUGAUGAUGUUGAGAUUGAAAGUGAGAGUGUAAGUGAAAAAGGGGACAGUCAAAAGGGAAAAAGAAAAACUAGUGAGCAGGCAGUUUUGUCGGACUCUAACACCAGGUCUGAGAGACAAAAGAAAAUGAUGUACUUUGGUGGCCACUCUUUGGAAGAGGAUUUGGAAUGGUCUGAACCUCAGAUUAAGGACUCUGGGGUAGAUACCUGUAGUAGCACAACCCUUAACGAGGAGCAUAGCCAUAGUGAUAAGCAUCCUGUGACCUGGCAACCAUCUAAAGAUGGAGAUCGCCUAAUUGGUCGUAUUUUAUUAAAUAAGCGACUAAAAGAUGGAAGUGUACCUCGAGACUCAGGAGCAAUGCUUGGUUUAAAGGUUGUAGGAGGAAAGAUGACUGAAUCAGGUCGGCUCUGUGCAUUUAUUACCAAAGUCAAAAAAGGAAGUUUAGCUGAUACUGUAGGACAUCUUAGACCAGGUGAUGAAGUAUUAGAAUGGAAUGGAAGGUUAUUGCAAGGAGCAACAUUUGAGGAAGUGUACAACAUCAUUCUAGAAUCCAAACCUGAACCACAAGUGGAGCUUGUUGUUUCUCGGCCUAUUGGAGAUAUACCUAGAAUACCUGAUAGCACACAUGCACAAUUGGAGUCCAGUUCUAGCUCAUUUGAAUCUCAAAAAAUGGAUCGGCCUUCUAUUUCCGUUACCUCUCCCAUGAGCCCUGGAAUGUUGAGGGAUGUUCCACAGUUCUUAUCUGGACAACUUUCAAUAAAACUAUGGUUUGACAAGGUUGGUCACCAAUUAAUAGUUACAAUUCUGGGAGCAAAGGAUCUCCCCUCCCGGGAAGAUGGGCGACCAAGGAAUCCUUAUGUUAAAAUUUACUUUCUUCCAGACAGAAGUGAUAAAAACAAGAGAAGAACAAAAACGGUUAAAAAAACAUUGGAACCCAAAUGGAACCAGACAUUCAUUUAUUCUCCAGUUCAUCGAAGAGAAUUUCGAGAACGAAUGCUGGAAAUUACCCUUUGGGAUCAAGCUCGAGUUAGAGAGGAAGAAAGUGAAUUUUUAGGAGAGAUUUUAAUUGAAUUAGAAACAGCAUUAUUAGAUGAUGAACCACAUUGGUACAAACUUCAGACCCAUGAUGUCUCUUCAUUGCCACUUCCCCACCCUUCUCCCUAUAUGCCACGAAGACAACUCCAUGGAGAGAGCCCAACACGGAGGUUGCAAAGGUCAAAGAGAAUAAGUGAUAGUGAAGUAUCUGACUAUGACUGUGAUGAUGGAAUUGGUGUAGUAUCAGAUUAUCGUCACAAUGGUCGAGAUCUUCAAAGCUCAACAUUAUCAGUGCCAGAACAAGUAAUGUCAUCAAACCAUUGUUCACCCUCAGGUUCUCCUCAUCGAGUAGAUGUUAUAGGAAGGACUAGAUCAUGGUCACCCAGUGUCCCUCCUCCACAAAGUAGGAAUGUGGAACAGGGACUUCGAGGGACCCGUACUACAACUGGACAUUAUAAUACAAUUAGCCGAAUGGAUAGACAUCAUAUCAUGGAUGACCAUUACUCUCCAGAUAGAGACAGGGAUUGUGAAGCAGCAGAUAGACAGCCAUAUCACAGAUCCAGAUCAACAGAACAACGGCCUCACCUUGAGCGGACCACCACCCGCUCCAGAUCCACUGAACGUCCUGAUACAAACCUCAUGAGGUCGAUGCCUUCAUUAAUGACUGGAAGAUCUGCCCCUCCUUCACCUGCCUUAUCGAGGUCUCAUCCUCGAACUGGGUCUGUCCAGACCAGCCCAUCAAGUACUCCAGUGGCAGGACGAAGGGGCCGACAGCUUCCACAGCUUCCACCAAAGGGAACAUUGGAGAGAAAAGAAGUGGACUCCCCAAGGAGAAGAUAUGCAGGUGCUAUGGAUAUAGAGGAGAGAAAUCGCCAAAUGAAAAUUAACAAAUACAAACAGGUAGCCGGAUCAGAUUCCAGACUGGAACAAGAUUACCAUUCAAAGUAUCGAUCAGGAUGGGAUCCUCAUAGAGGGGCAGAUAAUAUUUCCACUAAAUCUUCGGACAGUGAUGUAAGUGAUAUAUCUGCGGUUUCAAGGACUAGUAGUGCUUCUCGUUUCAGCAGCACAAGCUACAUGUCUGUCCAAUCAGAACGACCAAGAGGAAACAAGAAAAUCAGUGUCUUUACAUCCAAAAUGCAAAGCAGACAAAUGGGCAUAUCAGGGAAGAACAUGACCAAAAGCACCAGCAUCAGUGGAGACAUGUGCUCACUGGAGAAGAAUGAUGGCAGCCAGUCUGACACUGCAGUGGGCGCGUUGGGCACCAGUGGCAAGAAGCGACGCUCUAGCAUUGGGGCCAAAAUGGUAGCUAUUGUUGGUCUCUCUCGGAAAAGUCGCAGUGCUUCUCAACUCAGCCAAACGGAAGCAGGAGGUAAAAAGCUACGGAGCACUGUCCAGAGGAGUACAGAAACAGGUCUGGCGGUGGAGAUGAGGAACUGGAUGACCCGACAGGCAAGCCGGGAAUCCACUGAUGGCAGCAUGAACAGCUAUAGCUCAGAAGGAAAUCUGAUUUUCCCUGGUGUCCGCUUGGCCUCCGAUAGCCAGUUUAGCGAUUUCCUUGAUGGCCUUGGUCCUGCUCAGCUAGUGGGACGCCAGACUUUAGCUACUCCUGCAAUGGGUGAUAUUCAGAUAGGAAUGAUGGACAAAAAGGGACAAUUGGAGGUGGAAAUCAUUCGGGCCCGUGGCCUUGUUGUAAAACCAGGUUCCAAGACACUGCCAGCACCCUACGUAAAGGUGUACCUAUUAGAUAACGGAGUCUGCAUAGCCAAGAAGAAAACAAAAGUGGCAAGAAAAACGCUGGAGCCCCUUUACCAGCAGCUGUUAUCUUUUGAAGAGAGUCCCCAAGGAAAAGUUUUACAGAUCAUUGUCUGGGGAGAUUAUGGCCGCAUGGAUCACAAAUCCUUUAUGGGCGUGGCCCAGAUUCUUUUAGAUGAACUGGAACUAUCCAAUAUGGUGAUUGGAUGGUUCAAACUCUUCCCCCCUUCCUCCCUAGUAGAUCCAACCUUGGCCCCUCUGACCAGAAGAGCUUCCCAAUCAUCUCUGGAAAGUUCAACCGGACCUUCUUACUCUCGUUCAUAGCAGCUGUAAAACUGUUGUCACAGCAACCAGCGUUACAAAAGGAAAAAAAAAAAAAAAAGAAAAAAAUCCACAGGUCGCAAACCCUGGUAACACUGCAUGCUUAAUGUUGUGUCUUCUGAGCCGGUUUCUAGGGAUACAGAGCGAUCCUGUGUUCUCAGAGGAAGUUGCACACAUUGUGCCCUAAGGAAGGCCCCUCAGGUGAAAGGACAGAGCUAUGAAGAACUGAGAGGUUUGGAGUUCAGCCACACUGGAGUUGUGGUCCAAUCUGAAGCCAUGGAUUUAUCUCAAAGAAUCAGUCAGUUUCAUGCAACAAAAGCCCUUUUCAAUGGCACCUUUAUAUUUUUAUUGUUCCUUUUUCUUCAUUUAUCUGACCCCAAAGCCCCAUUAUGCCACAGAAAUGGAGCUAUACAGCCUCUGAGCCAUGUUACAGGUCAAGGAGCAAAGAAGUCCUUAGAAGCAUCAGGUGUAAAGCAAGACACCAAAGAAGUGGUCGGGAACAAAGCGUCAGCCCUCCCCUGGACGGAGUCCAGCAGGAAGAGUGGCCAACUCAGUAGCUCCAGCCGCAUGUCAUUCACUAAUGCCAAGAUGUGUUGGACUCUGAAAAACAAAGUUCUGUGGCUACACUGUACUGAAUGAAAUUAAAGAAACUUUUUUUGCAUGGACACAGAUUAGCUGAUUAUUUAAAUUAUUUUCUUGGGGCUGCAACUUGCAAAAAAAGAAAAAUAAAUAAAAAUCAGCCAUUUUCAACAAUUUAUAUUAUUUUUAAAAAUAAAUUUCACUAGUGCAUGGUUUUAAAAAGGGGAGAGAAUGCAACAGGGUGAUACAAGACACACCAUGUUUAUUCUUUAAACUAAUCAUAGUCUGUGUUUUGGCAGACAUUACAAAUGAAAAUUCUUUCUAGAAGAUGCGUAAAAUUCUCUUUAUGUGACAAAUAAGGAUAAUAUAUUCAAUUUAUUUCCAUGUUAAAUAUACAGAUCUUAUGAAGUUCAAUAUGUGCAAAUUUUUCACAUCUUGCUCUUCUCUGUCUUACUUUUCCUCUUCUCCCUCUUUUAAUCUUUUAUUUUUGUUCUCCCAACCAGAGUGAACCUUAUUCUAAAAAAUUACAACUUUUUGAUCUGAUCCUCUCUUAUAACCCAUGUUUGAUUCAGAGCUAUAGAUGCUUCUGAAUUUAUGAAUUUCUCAAGGGAAAAAUCUAUUUAAGAGCUUUCUUUAUUUCAAGCAUGUUGAAAAGGAUUUUGCAACAUGACUUGGGAGUACAUUAAAGUAAGUCAGCAUGUAUUUGACAAAGAAGAUAUUUGAACUUUUGCAAUUUAUUGUACAGUGCAUGGUAAUUUUUUUUCACCUUCAAAAUUCAGUUUACAGGAAAAUCCUAAAAUCAUGUGGCCAUUGUAAUGUCUAAUAAAUUUGUUUUUAGCACCAGCAUUAUUCAUACAGGGGUUAAAGUAUUAUUUGUAGAAGGUCUUAGGUUUUGUUUGUUUUUUAAUUAGUUAAAGCAGUUUCUUUAGCCAAUUUCCAUUUACUAUGUGAAUAGAAACACUGCUAAAAAUUUGAAGCCCUGAAACGCAGGGCUGUUUAUUAAUUCAUUUUUCUGUAGUAAAAUUCAAUUUUUCACAAAUUAUAUUUCUAAAGAAAUAUAGUAAACAUAAAUUUGCAACAAUUUUAAAGCUCCAAUUUUUAGGUGACUCAAAGAAAGUCAAUAUGCCUAUUAAUAGUUCUUUGAUGCCAUCACCAAAAGUCUUCAGGCAAAUUCUUUAAAGUCGAAACCCCUGCCUUUGGUUUUACAGAGAGUUAUUACCAUUGGGUGGUGCUGCAAGGUCAGAUUUCUCUUAAGUUCCCCUAUUUUGAGGAAAAGUCACUGGAUAAUGUAUAAACCACCCAUACUUUCUGGUUCUUAUGUACAUUUUGAUAGUACAUUCUUAUAGAUUGGUUUUAAUUCUUGCAAUAACUUUUGAAAUCCACAUACCUCCCAUUUGUUGAAAUGAAGGCCAUGCACAAAAAUUCUUUUCUUCCUCUUCUUUUUUUUUUUAAUCCAGUGCUGACCAUUACAAACUAUCAUGCUUGAUAUGGUGCAAAAGUUAAAAUGAGUAUCACUAAAAAUGCCUUCUCAUUAUGUGGUGCAAUAUGAAAUACACCGAGACUGUGUCUUGAUAUUUGGAGAUCUAUGAUGGACCCAGGUAAAGUUGUUAAAAGAAUGAAUAAAACUUUAUUGAAAUAAUUUAGACACCUGUGUACCAGCAACAAUUGGUUUAAUAGACCUAUAGUGUCUAUACUAUCCCUUAGAUUAAACGUUUACCAUUUUCCUGAUAUUAAGAUGCACUCACAUAAUCUUUUGUGCAUAUUCCUAUAAAAAUUAUUUCUAAUUUUAAUAAGAAGGACAUGACUGUAUGGAAUAUUUGUACAUACGUGUCAUUAUGCAGUAUUUAUUUAAAAGUUGGUGGUUUUGUUUUUGUUUUUAAUUUCCACAUGUCUGCACCUCAACUCGUGGUUUAGUCAUGUAAAUAGCACUCUGCCAGUGACCAUUGCUGCCCUGUACAUAGUAUGUUUUAAAGUAAAGGGAAUUCCAGUUGGGGAAAACAAAAAGGGCAGAUUAGUCCUGUAACAAACACCAACUAAUGUAAAUCAAAUUCAUUCUGGUGAUGGUAUUUAACACUUUAAAUAAAACAUUUUCUUUACAGAUGUUGUACAACCGUGCAUUCUCUGACCCUCGUCUCUCCACACCUCCCCAAGCCUUCUGCAGCUCGGCCCCAAACCUGCCUCUCAUUCAAGACAACAACAUUACCUUCCCUCCUGUCCAUGACCAAAGUGGGCCAGUUUUAGCAAAUAGCUCUCAGAAGAGUAUAUCUUUUCUUCAAAAUCCCAAAGGAUCUUGGCUCACAUCAUUAAAAGUUGCUAUUUUUUAGAAAGAUUGUUAUUGGAUUGAGGAGCUUUCUGAUUAAAUGAUUCAGCAACUUCUAGAUUUGAUGAGCAAACUGAGAUUUCUGAGUCAGUCCUGCCAGACACUGAUAGCAGAGUCACAAGGAACCAUGCAGUUCCCUGGGUAAAGAUGGCGGAGGUGGCCAUUGUCUUUAAGCUUUUGAGUUUGUAAGAGUCAGUUCAGCUAUGGGGCAGGUGCCUGGUUAGUUGAAAAGAUAGGUGUGGUAACCUGAGAAAACAACCUGUCCAGAGACUGGCUUCUAGUUGUAUGAGUGUAAAUAAAUAGGUGACAGAGUCUUCCCCACAUCUUUUGAGGGUAGUUCCUCAAACUAGGAAAAAGGAUCCCAGCAAUUUCCAUAGACUCCUCUUCAAGAUCUGAACUUAAGAGGUAGUUUGAAUCCACAUUUAAUUAGUAAUUCAAAUCUAAAUUUAACCAGCUCUCCAUUCUUGAAAACAAUCAUUUCUUCUAUUUCCAAGGACUCAAUUCUACUCCAGUCCCCCACUC